CUAUUUAAUAUUUGCUUAUAAAAUCUAUCCAUCUACUUAGGUAGUGCGGUGGUCCGAAACAAAGUGUUGUGAAAAAUUUGAUUUCCUUCUAAAAUAUUCUCAAUAUUUAGUAGUUUGGUAGUGUACACAAUUGUCGAUAUUGUGAUAAGUGAAUUAUAUAUAAACAUAAACUUGUAAUUAGGUGUUAUACUGAAGACCUGUUUAUCACCAUUGACGGGUGUCCUUGUACAUUUCGCAUGAUUCCUCGUGGCGGCAAUUUUGAUUUUAACUACUUCAUGUUAUAAUUAUGUAAAUAAUAAGUUUAAUAUUCUGAUGCACAAUGGGCAGUCCAGAAAUUAAUCUAGAAAUAAGUGAAAGCACAAGCAAAGAUAUCAAUAUCAUUAAUGAUGUGGAGGAUUCAGAAGCAAUUUCGGGAAAUAUAGCUGAUAGUUCUAUUUCAUCACAAAAUGCAGAAGAUAGUAAUAUACCUGCAAGUGACAUAAAUUCAUCGAAAGAAGAGGAUUCUUCCAAUUUGGGGAAUGGAAAAAAAGUGAAAAAGAAAUCUCGACAUGGUAAAAAAGGACAUGUAGUGUCGAAAGAAAAUCCUGAAAGAAGUACUGUCCGGAGGGUUCAUCAUAUCGGUACAAAAUUCAAGCAGUCAAAAAAGUGUCUCCAAAAUUUUCCCUCCAUUUCAAAGUUCUUUCUCCCCUAUAAAAGACCCCGCAAAGAUGCUUUUAUUCCGCCUACUAAAUUCUUACUUGGGGGUAAUAUUUCUGAUCCUCUGAACCUUAACAGCUUGCAAGAUGAAGACAUCAACAGAGCAAUGAAUGCUGUCACACCUGAGUCAUCACCAUUACCAACACCUCCUCGUCACAAGGCCAAAAUAGAUGUUAUAAUACCACCUAAUAUAAGAGAUCCACUGAAUCUAAUGGAGCCUUUAGAUAAUGAAGAAUAUGAGAAAAGGCUGGAAUUGCAACAGCGAAAAAAGACUCCAAGGAAGAAGCCAAGAGUAAGACGUCGGACAACUGAAACUGUAGCACCAUUGGUUGACAUAGCCAUAGAGGAUAAGACAACAAUCAAGGAGCCUCCACCACCAGAGCCAUCCACAUCCAGAUCAAGAAAGCGUUCUUGUAGUGAUAGUGAUAACAAUUCUCAAAAAGGUAAAGAUGCUAAAAAACUAAGGAGGAUGGAGUCAUUAGAUAAGAUUGUUAGUCCAGUAGUGCCACAACCUGGAGCCUGGAUGAGGGCAAGGCCCACACAAAGACCAGCAGCUCAAGAGAGACCAGUCUCGCCACACAGGACCAAACUCAAGAGUAUGUCUGAAGGUGAACAGAAAUUACCAAUUUUUCAUCCUAAAAACUCAAGAUAUCAAUAUGGAAAUUAUGAUAGAUAUUAUGGGUAUCGUAAUUUGAAUGCAAUGAUGGAUAUUCGUCUACAAGUGUUUGAAAUGCAUAGACAAUUAUUUCAGAAUAAGGAUGUAUUGGACAUUGGUUGUAAUGUGGGACAUAUAUCAAUAGCAGUAGCGAGGACUCUCGGUGCCAAAUCAGUGCUGGGAAUGGACAUUGAUCCUGUCUUAAUUGGUCGGGCUCAAAAGAAUUUACGCUCUUUCAUACCCAUACCUGCUGAAGAACUUAAGGCAGAUGACGAGAAGAAACCGGAAGACGUAGAGAAAAAAUUACAUUGCAAUAAAUGUAAAGAAGAGAAAUGUGAUGGCUGCUCGGAGCCAAAUUUAAAAAUGGAACAUGAUGAUGACACUAAAAAGGCUUUGACAGGAAGAAAACUAAAGAAGCCACGGAAGAACAGAAAAUCUAUUAACAAGCCUGAAGGACAGUUUUUCUUUCCUAUGUCAAUGUCAAUGAUGUUUGGUCCGCUGGGAGAUUUCAAAGUUGAUAUCAAUCUGCCGCAGUUCCCUUACAAUGUGAAUUUUAAACAGGGUAACUAUGUACCUAGAGAGGAUGUAGCGGUUGGUUCAAUGGACAGUCCGCAGUUUGAUCUGAUUCUGUGUCUUUCAACAACGAAAUGGAUGCAUUUGAACUGGGGGGACGCUGGUUUAAAAAGAGCUUUUCGUCGCAUGUUCAAUGAUUUACGUCCGGGGGGGAAACUGGUCUUGGAAGCACAGAACUGGGCAAGCUAUAAGAAGAAGAAGCGAUUAACGCCAACAAUUUAUGAAAACUUCAACGGCAUCGAGCUGUAUCCAAAUAAGUUCCGAGAGUAUUUACUGUCGCCUGAAAUCGGGUUUAGCAAAUGUUCCAUGCUGGGUGUGCCGCAGCACGCGAGCAAGGGGUUCCGGAGGCCGAUACAGUUGUACGUGAAGGGUGACUUCACGCCGAGCAAGGCGCGCUGGUCGGACGCGUACGCGCCGUCGUCGCACCACCGGCCCGAGGCCGAGCCCCCGCGCCGCACCGUGUACGCGCCCGUGGCGCCCGCCUACCGCCCCAGCGACGACGCGCCAUCUUGCGGCGCCGUCACGCCCUACUCCCCCAACCUGGACAUCUGUGCGGACGACUCGCCGUUCUACAACCCGCGCAGCGACACGUACGCGCCGUCGUCCCAGCCGCCGCGGCCCACCGUGUACGCCACGCUGCCGUCCCCGCGCGGCGGCGCGUCCCCCGCGCCCGCGCCGGCCGCCUCCCCCGCCGCCGCCCCCGGCCCCGCCCCCGGCCCCGCCCCCGACCAAGUGGAACCGAACCGCCUUUUGAUUUUGUAAAUAUCGGUAAAUCUU